CCACCAACCACCAUGUGCUGCACAGCCCACACCCAGCCCUCCUCCACUCCCGCCUCCGCCAAGGCCACCACCGGCGACGCGGCGGCGCCCACGAACGCGAGCGCGCCCCAGUGCUGCCACUGCGGCUGGCGCGGCGCGCACGCCCCGGACUGCCCGUUCAAGUAG